CCCAAUCAUAAAUUAAAAAUCUGAAACCGAAGACCAGAAGCAAAACCAAAUCUUGAAGAGAAAGCAAGGUUCUUUGAGCACGAUGAUGAAGUCAGUCUUGCUUCGUUCUUGUCCAUCUUCUUCUCCUCUUCUCUUCAAAUCUCACGGAGAAGCUCAGCCUCAAAAAAUGGCUUAUUCCACUGUUCGUUGCUCUUCCAGAAACCCAGCUUACAUUCCCAAGCUCGAGCCCUUCAGCCGCUCCAAGUUCGAUCGCGCCAUUAAAGGCCCUACCCUGAUCGAAAAGUGCGAGAACGAGCUGUCUGAUUACUGUUCGACGCUGGAAGGUGAUGAGUCUUAUGGUUGCUGGAGAGCGUACUUUGAGCUCAAAGAUCUUGAGAAAGAGACGCCGAAAGAAGAUGUGGAGAAGUUGAUUUUGCAAGCAGGGGGAAUAAAGUCAUUAGUGGGAUGUUUGCAUGGAAUUGCUGCAAUUCAAAAGGGGAAGACGUAUGGAUUCAAUUCAGCAAAGCCAGUGGAAGAAGCAAAAUCAAGGGAGAGGCUAUGUCCUAUACCAGAUGGGUUGCCGAAGUCAGCUGCUGAGCUAGAGGAAGAGGAGAAAUCGAAAAUGCCCGAUUCUGCCUUCACCAGGCUUCUUAGGGUCAAAGGGACUCAUCCUGCGUGGUAUUCCCUGGCCCCUGACCAUGAAACAGAUUGAUGGGUUUGUCAAUUUUGUGAACAAAGUGCAUAUGUUUCAUUAUUUUGGGUGUGUGUAUAUAUGUAGGAUUAGGGGUUAAGAUGGUGUGGUACUGGUGUUUGCAGCCUUAUAGAUGUGGGAUGUUUUGGUUUGAUUUCCCAUCAAGUCUUUAGCAGAGAACUUCCUUGUAUGAUUUCUUUUAUUCCAUGAAGUUCGAUGAAUAACAUUCUAGUGCCUUCCUGCUUGCACUUUCAACCUUA